GACAAGAGCCUCAAGUGGCACUUUGAUGUGAUUGAGGCCCAUACGUUGGUGCACAAAGAACCUUCGGAGACGCAGGUCCAGUGGAAGGCAGCUGCAGCCAUCGCAGCUUCCGAAGGUUUGAAGCCGGAGGUGGAGGCCGACAAGACCAAGCUUGACAUCCUUUUGGAAGACAUGGAGCAGCGGGAGCAUCCGAAUCCGAAGCUGCGGGAUUUGGGAGUUAAGCAAUACAAGGAAAAGGUUGAGUUGGCGAAGACAAGCGAUGGUCAAGAAAGCAGCACUGCUUUUGUGGGUACCGUCAGUGGCAGGUUGGUGCCAAAGUCAGGAGAAGCCACUGGCAGCAGUACAGACGGGCGGAAGAAGGCGCCCAAGCGCGGUGCGACAGAGGCUGCGCUUGAGGUGAAUUGGGCCACUGCCAUGAAGCAACAGAAGACAGCUGGUCGCAAGGCGGUUGCAAGCGCAGCAAAGAUUUGCAGAGUGGCACACAAGCACCGCGGAGAUUGCCCAAACGAGCGUCGAGAGGAGUCGACGCAAGCGAUGCGGAUGGUUCAAGACGCGGAGUGGGCAAUGCGCGAUGCAAUGAAGAAUCUCGAAGAUUCCGAAGAAGAUUGUCACAAGCUCAAGGACAUGGUGACCAAAAUGAAUGGCAGCGUCGCGAUCUUUGAGACCUUGCUGUUCGAGCUUGUUCCGGAUUGCAAGCCCGACGAGAAGACCACGGGCGAGGAAAAGAUGGAGAAGGCAGAGGAGGAUCAGACCGAGAACAAGUAA